CAUAUCAUGCGACUACAAAAAAAACUACUAAUUGAUGCCUUCGGAAGGCUAAACGCAUACAUAAAUACACCAUGAUACGCAAUCCUUCGACAGCACUAGUCAUUCGGUCAGCAGCACCGUUUGCAGUCAGCCAUAUUCGGAGUUUGUGUGCUUGAGUGAACGUGUUUCUCUGUUGGCGACCGAUGGCAAAACACAACAAACGAUUGCGUCGAUCCGUCCGGGUGGAAGUGUUCCGCGAGUACUGUGCCAACAGCUCCAUCCACGGUGUACGUUACUUCAACCGUGAUGAACGAACGGCUUGUGAACGAUUCUGGUGGCUAGUGGUCUUUCUGCUUUCGUUGCUGGGCUGUGGCGUGAUGAUACACAAGACGUACGAGAAAUGGAAUCAGGCUCCAAUCAUUGUUACCUUUUCGGAGAAACCCACUCCAGUUUGGGAUAUUCACUUCCCAGCUGUAACGAUCUGUCCUGAGACGAAGGUUGCAGCGAGUAGUCUUAACUUCACAGCCGAAAUCAAUGUUCUUGCAAACGAUACCCAUUACGGUAACGAAGCAUCGGAACGAAAAUCUAGGUACGGCUCAAAAAGGAGAGUACUACUGUAUGGCAUUAAACUUCUCUCGGUUUCUUCUGCAGUAGUGUUGAACGAAUUAAAGCCGCAGCGCAGCUGUCGCCUGGCCUUACCAUGGCGCACAACAGUUGCUUUAUGUUAUUACGGUACCGAUUUCACGGAGUGUGAGAAUCAGCUAAAAGUAACGCUCACCGAGGAGGGUAUUUGCUACACGUUUAACAUGCUGCCUGACAGGGAAAUCUUUCGUAAAAAUGCCAUGCACACUGACUACAUUUACACGCGGAAUUGGUACAUUUUUCCCGGAUUUCAGCCACCUGCACCUUCGUACGCUCGAGAUGCAGGAUUGCAUGCAGGUCUUACGUUAUAUUUGGCGCAAAAAAAUGAGGACACAGAUUAUCUGUGCACGGGCUACUCGCAAGGAUAUAAACUAAAGAUCCAUAGUAUAGAUGAGUAUCCGCAUAUGGCAAAACGCAACCUGCGCCUACCACUCGGACACGAGAUCUCGAUCGCUCUCAAGCCGCAAAUGAUCGUUACCUCUCCGUCGGCCGCUGACUAUAGCUGGGAGAAGCGUCAGUGCUUCUUCAAUCACGAGCGUCACCUUCGCUACUUCCAGAUCUACAAUCAGGAAAACUGUGAGCUAGAGUGCUUAACCAACGUGACGCGCGCAAUGUGUGGAUGUGUGCGCUUUUCGAUGCCAAGAUCAAACGACACAAAGGUCUGCACACUUUCAAUGUGGCAUUGUAUGUACCGCUCAAAGUGGUUCUUACGCCCGAUUCCCGGUCUUAAGCGACAACCUCACAGAGUGAUUCUUGAAAUGGUGAAAAACUGCAACUGUCUGCCAGCGUGCAGUUCGGUUUCUUACGACGUGGAAAUGGCCCAAACUUCGCUCGAUAUGGAAAAGUUCCGACUGGCAAACAAUGAGCUACCGCGCGAUCAUUUGGACAAGUUUACCAUCACAACACUAGCGAUCUACUUCAAGGAGUCGUACUUUAUCUCUUCGAAGCGAUCGGAGCUGUACGGAUGGGUAGACUUUCUGGCGAACUGUGGUGGACUGUUAGGUUUGUUCAUGGGUGUGAGCAUUCUUAGUUUGUUGGAGAUAUGUUACUUCAUUACGAUUCGACCAUUUUCGGUUAGAAGUAGAAUAGCAAGUGCUGAAAAGCGCAAAUCGAACGAAGUCCAGAAUGCCAUGCUUCCAGUUAUCUGCAAACCUGAGUAGAUGUUUACGUCGUCGGAAUAUGUUCAUCAAUUACACAAUCUGGUGUAGAAUUCAGCAGCUAAAACGCAGUAGCAAGGAAUUGAUUUGGUUUUCCUUACGUCUGGUGAUUAAUAUUAUGUCCAGCUAGUCAAUAUAUAUUGAUAGCAGCAUCAAAUAGAGAGAUUUAACAAAUCGUUAGUUUAAUAUUGAACUUAUUUUCUG